AUGCCUUCCAGCACAGCCAAGAGACCCAUCCGCAUCGCCGGUGCUUCUGGCGGUUUCACUGAUCGUCAGCGUGCUAUUCACGACCUCGCCAAAAACUGCAAUGUCGACGUCAUUGUCGGUGACUGGAUGUCCGAGUGCACCAUGACCAUUCAUGGUGCCCUCAAGGUCGCUCGCGAGGGCAAGGAGGACCAGGGCCCCGGCCUGUUCGACCCGUGCUUCAUGGGCAGUCUUACUCCUGGCCUGCCAGUCCUGCAGGCCAACGGCGUCAAGCUGGCUGUCAACGCUGGUGCCUCCGACGCUGAGCUGCUGGCCCGUGAGGUCAAGUCCAAGAUCACCGAGCUGGGCUUGAGCCUCAAGGUCGCCUGGAUUGAGGGCGAUGAGGUCACCCCCCAGGUCAAGGACCUGAUCGCCAAGGGCGAGAAAUUCACCAAUCUCGACACCGGCAAGGAUCUCUCUGAGUGGGGCUACGAGCCCAUCUACGCCCAGUGCUACCUUGGUGGCCUGGGUAUUGCCGAGGCUUUCCGCGCCGGUGCCGACAUUGUCGUCUGCGGACGGGUUGCCGACGCAGCCCCGACCAUUGGUGCUGCUGCCUGGUGGCACGGCUGGGACCGCAGCGACCUGGACGCACUUGCGGGUUCGCUGAUGGCUGGCCACCUGAUCGAGUGCUCUGCUUAUGUUACCGGUGGCUACUACUCCGCGUUCAAGGACCUUUUCGAUGGCUGCGAGAACCUCGGCUUCCCCAUUGCGGCCGUCGAGGCCAACGGAGAGACCGUGCUGACCAAGGAGGCCAAUACGGGCGGUGAGGUGUCCGUCGGCACGGUUACGUCGCAACUGGUCUACGAGAUCCAGGGCCCUCUCUACUACAACUCGGACGUGACGGCCAACAUCGAGGGCAUUAAGUUCACACAGACCGGCAAGGACGAGGUCCGCAUGACGGGUGUCAAGGGCCUGCCACCACCCCCCACUACCAAGGUCGGCCUGACCGCCCAGGGCGGUUUCCAGGCUGAGUUCCACUACCUGUUCGUGGGUCUCGACAUCGAAAAGAAGGCCGAGUGGACUGAGCGCCAGAUCCGCUAUGCUAUGGGCAAGAACAUUGACAAGCUCACCUGCCUAAAGUUCCAGCUGAUCGGCUCGGUCCCCGAGAACCCAGACAACCAGAACUCGGCCACUGCCGACUUCCGUGUUUUCGUCCAGACCCGCGACCCCUCUGUCCUUGGUCUCGGCAACAUGACCGGCCCUAACUUUACCCGCUGGUGCAUGGAGAACUUCCUUCAGAGUGCCCCUGGUGCCACCAUUGUGCCUGACCAGCGCCAGGCCGCCCCCAAGAACAUCUACGAGUACUGGGUCGCUCUUCUGCCCCAGGACGUCGUCAAGCACCGCGCCGUUCUCGAGUGGAACAACCAGGCCAUCGACAUUCCCGCCCCCAAGAUCACCCAGGUCUACGGCCACCGCCAGAACUCGUACGAGACGGAAGCCCCCGUCGAUCUAGCAACGUUCGGCCCCACGACCCGAGGACCCAUCGGUUGGGUCGUCCUGGGUCGCUCCGGCGACAAGGCCAGCAACGCCAACAUUGGCCUCUUUGUGCGCCACGACGACGAGUGGGACUGGGUGCGCAGCCUCCUCACCAAGGACAAGUUCAUUGAGCUGCUGGCCAAGGAGUAUCUCGGCCACGGCCUCGACCGCUUUGAGAUGCCCAACUUGAAGACAGUCCACUUCUUGCUCAAGGACCACCUGGACCGUGGUUUCAACUCCACCUCGUCGCUCGACGGACUCGGCAAGAACCUCUGCGAGUUCAUCCGCUGCCGUCACGUCGACAUCCCCAACAAGUUCCUGGCCCGCGGUAAGGUCUAA